ACCAUUCGCAAACUUGCGAACUAGCCAACAAGAUGAGGCACAUCCUACUAGUAAUUGCACUGCUCGCUCCUCUGGCAUCUUCAGCUAAACUAAGCUCAGAUGUUUCAAAGAUUCCUGCAUCUGUGCGAACACUGAAGGAGCUUCACCGUGGGCCACCAAUGCAGCUUAUCAGCAAGCGAGCAAAUGUGGAGACUCGCUGGAUCAGUCAGAAACUGGACAAUUUUGACGAAGACAAUGAGGAAGUCUGGGAUGAUCGCGUAUUGAUCAAUGAGGACCACUUCGUAGAUGGUUCCCCAAUCUUCAUAUACCUUGGCGGUGAAUGGGAGAUUGAGCCCAGUCCUAUAACAGCAGGACAUUGGGUGGACAUCGCUAGCGAGCACAAUGGAUCAUUGGUCUAUACGGAACAUCGAUUCUUUGGCCAAAGCGUUCCCAUUAAACCCCUGACAACUGCGAACCUCAAGUACCAAAAUGUGGAACAAGCUUUAGCCGAUGUUGUUAAUGUAAUUAAUGUUCUUAAGGAGGAGGAAAAAUAUAAGAACUCUAAGGUGGUUGUGCAAGGAUGUUCCUACUCGGCGACCAUGGCGGUUUGGAUUAAGAAAUUGUACCCCGACGUAAUUGUGGGCAGCUGGGCGUCCAGUGCUCCCUUGCAGGCUAAAGUGGACUUUAAAGCUUAUAUGAAAGUUGUUGGCCAAGCAUACAGGGAGCUCGGAGGAGAUUAUUGUUACAACAUCAUCGAUAAUGCCACUUCCUUUUAUGAGGAUUUGUUUGAAAACGGUCAGAAUGCUGAGGCCAAGAAGCUCUUAAACCUUUGCGAUAAUUUCAAUGAAAACGACCAACAUGAUCAGUGGCAAAUUUUUAGCACAAUUGCAAACAUUUUGGCAGGCCUCGCCCAGUACCAAAACCCGGCAAACUAUGACUUGGCCAAACAUUGCUCAGUGCUUCGAUCCUUUAGUACGGACGAUGCCACGGCACUAUCUAAGUUCAUACAAUGGCGUCUCGACAAUCCAGAAUGCGUUAACACCGUAUAUAAAGCAACUGUUAAAUAUUACAAGUGGGCAAUGCAUAACUAUGAUGGUUCUAGUCUCAGCUGGUUCUUUCAAACAUGCAACGAAUUCGGCUGGUACCAAUCCUCUGGUAGCAAGAAUCAACCAUUCGGCUCAUCUUUUCCAGCCACCCUGUACACCGACACUUGUAAAGAUGUCUUUGGAUCAAAAUACACUGCAGCUAAAAUCGAAAAGUAUAUAAGCGAAAAAAACAAGGUGUACGGAGGUGUGAACCCUAAUGUCGAGAACGUUUACAUGACUCAUGGAGGAUUAGAUCCAUGGCAUCCAGUUGGGGCCGGAGCAGCACAGGGUGCCACCAUUAUUCCCCAAGCUUCUCAUUGUUCCGACAUGGGUUCAAUCAGUGCUAAGGACAGUCCUGCAAUGCUCGCAUCCAAGCAACGUGUGGCUCAACUGGUUCGCGAGUGGCUUGCCUGAUAUCCCAAUGGGUUCAAAAUUUUUUUAAUCAUAAAAAAAUUUUAAUUUUUGUAUAUUUCUAUCUGUAUAUACACAUUUAAUUUUGCAAUAAAGAACAUAUUUUAAAAGCCUAAAUA